ACGGACAUGGUGAAGGAACGACCUGUGCCAUAACACCCUCAGCAGCAGCCGCUGGUGUUCGUUCAAUUAAAGCAUUGGAAUGGAAUGGAAUUGGAAUAUACCAAAAAGUAUAUCGUAAACGGUCACCCUGAUAAUUGACAUUAAAUUGAUAAAAAAUUUAUAAAUUCUUGAAUCGAGCUUGAGUGUCAAAUUUCAAUUAGAAACGUAAUUGCUCUUGAAAAGCAACCAGAAGAUGGCCUAUCAGCUAUACCGAUCGUCCACCGUGGGCAUCACGUUGCAGGAUACUCUCGACGAACUCGUCAAGAACGGGCAGAUGUCGCCAUUCCUCGCCGGCAAGGUGCUCCAACAGUACGACGUGAGCAUCAACGAGGCUUUCAAAGAGAAUGUGAAGACAUGCCUUACCUUCACGGGGUCACGGCUGAGUUCCUACCAAUUCUGCGACAAUGUCUGGACCCUCAGGCUGAAAGAUGUGGAAUUUUGCUCGAAAAACCACGUGAUCGCCAAAGUCGACAAGGUAAAAAUUGUGGCCUGCGAAAGCGAUGGCGAAGGAGGGAAACAAAAAACAGAAGGCUCAAUGAAGAAAACAAACAAAAAAAAACCAACGUAAAUGUGGUGAAAUAAAGUAGAUCCAAUAACCAAACAAA